AUGAUUAAACAACAGCAACUUAAGGCGCAAAGCGCCCAGGUCCUUCAGACCAUUACAUACGCCACAUAUGCAUAUAAUUCAAAGACGGCAGAACAAACGCAAGGGUUGAAAUAUGGAGAUUUGGAGAUAGUAUUGAAAAAUGACCAUUUCGAAUUCGUUUGCAAAGGUGGUGCAGUGAUAUCAAAUAUAAAAGAAAUUUUAUUUAUGAAUUCAAAAAUUAAAGGAAUAACGGAUGAUAUAACAUCAAUUCCACCAGAAGAACAGAGAUAUUACGCAUUAAAUGCAUUUCCUAAAGUUUUGAAGAUUGGAAGAUUUAAUUUAAAUAAGGAAUUCAUAGAAGGUUUCCUAAAUGACAUAAUGAAGAAGGUGGAUAAGGAAUAUGUGGAUAGUGAGUUAAUGAAGAAAGCAGAUAAGGAAUAUGUGGAUAGUGAAUUAAAUAAGAAGGCAAAUUUGGUUUAUGUUGAUGAAAAAGAUAAUGAAAUUAAAGAAAAGGUUGAAUGGUAUCAUGAAUGGACAUUGGAGACUUUUAAAGUUAAAGCUGAUACAGAAUGGGUUUCAGGAUGUUUAGACCUUAAAGCAGAUAAAACAUAUGUUGAUGAAAAAGAUAAUGAAAUUAAAGAAAAGGUUGAAUGGUAUCAUGAAUGGACAUUGGAGACUUUUAAAGUUAAAGCUGAUACAGAAUGGGUUUCAGGAUGUUUAGACCUUAAAGCAGAUAAAACAUAUGUUAACAAUGAGUUAGAGAAGAAAGCAGAUAAGGAAAAAGUUAUUUCAUUCAUUAAUACUGAGUUAGCAAAGAAAGCUGAUAUAUCAUUUGUUAAUGAAGAAAUAAAACAAUCAGAGGUCUAUUUUACCCCACCAUUUUUAAAUUUUAUGAAAUCAUCAGAUAAAACCUUUGAUAUAGAUUCUUUUGAAUGGAUAUGUUUCGAUGGAGUGACCACGUAUUUAUUUUAUACAGCUGGAGUGCUUUAUUAUUUUAAAACAAAUGAUUUUAAAAACUAUGAAUCAUUUACUCCAUCUGUUUGGAAUCCUGAUACACGAAAGCCAAUCAUUAAUCCAAGAAUUUUAUAUGUUGAAUAUAAUAACGGUAACGGUUGGAGAUGA